GCGUUACUAACUUGAAUGAUGAAAAACAAGCAACCCUUUCGUGGAAUACCUAUUUCUGGAUAAUGCGUGAGGUGUGUCGUCACAGCGAGGAAACGUGCAGUGUGCCUUGUACUACCAUCCUAUUUAAAACGGCACAGUGGAGGAUAGCGAAGAAACGCUGCUCUGGUUUGGUGGAAAUUUACAAAGUAACUGCAGAUUCGCAGAACUGCAAACUCUUUAUUUGCAAAGCGACAACCUGAGAUAGAAAACUUAAAAGACACCUAAACGGCUGAGUCUAAGCUUGAAGACUUCGGCAAGCACAUCGAUCAUUCAUUGAUACAGCAUAAAUAAGAUGGAUGGAGAGAAGAAGCCAAAGCAGGUGACUGCUUUCCUGUUGUUCUGUGUGGGCACAGCGGUUAUUGGCUCCCUGCAGUUCGGCUACAACAGCGGGGUCAUCAAUGCUCCCGAGAAGAAAGUUCGAGAGUUCUUCAACAGCACAUGGAUAAAGAGGUACGGCCAUCCCAUCAGCUCUGGCAUGGGCACCAUCAUCUGGAGUUUUGCCGUUUCUAUUUUCAGCAUCGGUGGCAUGGUGGGAUCGUUCAGUGUAGGCGCCAUGGUCAACCGUUUUGGCAGGCGAAAGUCCAUGCUGCUGGUGAAUGCGCUAGUCCUGGCAGGUGCCGUUCUGAUGGGCCUUGCCAAGAUUUCCUCCUCCUUUGAAAUGGUGAUAGUGGGACGUCUGGUCGUCGGCCUCUUUUGUGGCUUCUGCACUGGGCUCACCCCCAUGUAUCUGGGUGAGGUGGCCCCCACCGCUGUCCGGGGGGCUUUUGGGACACUGCACCAGCUGGGUGUGGUUGUUGGGAUCCUAAUAGCCCAGAUCUUUGGCCUGGAGUCCCUGCUGGGCUCAGAUACCCUUUGGCCUCUGCUAUUAGCCCUGACGGCAUUGCCAGCGGUCCUGCAGUGUCUGCUGCUACCUUUCUGCACAGAGAGCCCACGCUACCUCCUUAUCACCCUCAAUCAGGAAGAAGAAGCACGUAAAGCGCUUGUGCGGUUGCGGGGCUAUGAGGACGUGAGUGCCGACAUCCAAGAGAUGAAGGAAGAGAGCAUGAAGUUGGCCAUGGAGAAACAGGUCACCAUCCCUGAGCUGUUCCGCACUCGCGCCUACAGGCAGCCCAUCAUCAUCGCCAUCAUCUUGCAACUCUCCCAGCAGCUCUCAGGAAUCAACGCAGUCUUCUACUACUCGACGGGUAUUUUUGAAAAUGCAGAUAUACCUGAACCCAUUUAUGCUACUAUUGGCACAGGUGUAGUUAACACAGUGUUCACUGUUGUAUCUCUCUUUCUGGUGGAAAGGGCAGGACGCAGAACUCUGCACCUCCUCGGAUGUGGUGGAAUGGCUCUCUGUGGUCUUAUCAUGGCUGUUUCCCUCCAGCUGGUGGACUCAACACCCCCGAUGAAGUAUGUGGCUAUUGUGGCAGUGUUUGGAUUUGUAGCCAUGUUUGAGAUGGGACCUGGGCCAAUCCCCUGGUUCAUUGUGGCCGAGCUGUUUUCUCAGGGGCCGCGACCCGCUGCCAUGGCCGUGUCUGGCUGCUCCAACUGGACGGCCAACUUCAUUGUUGGGCUCACCUUCCCAAAACUGGAGGAGCUGUGCGGAUCCUACGUCUUUAUCAUCUUUGUGAUCCUCCUCUUAUUCUUCUUCAUCUUCACAUACUUCCGUGUUCCCGAGACCAAGGGGAAAACCUUCGAGGAAAUCGCCUGUGGUUUCUCCAGACCUGAGAACACCGCAUCGAGCCCGCCCCCUGAGAAUGCCGCGACCUUGCCGGUAUCUCCGACUGAGAAGGUUCCCAUGGUGGAGUUUAUUGGAGAUCCUAAGGCUACAGACCAAAACAAAUAGCUUUAGCAGGCACAAUAUAUGAACGGUUGAAAGAAGCAUUUGAAUUGUACUUUUUGGAAAAUGUACAUGACAGGAUUUAAAGACCACAUAUGGUUUAGAAAGGUAAAAAACCACUACUAUGUGUACUAUCUUGAUGAUAAAGUUUAGGAAAUUUAGUUUUUAUGAGCAGAUAUAAUUAUUUUUUUUUAAUUGCUAACUAGCAUAACACUGGUAACUUAUGGGAUACAGUAUAUUUUAAUGCUGUAUAGUGGAUGUUGUACUAGAGCUACACUUUAAGGAAAUAUGGACUACUGCUAUGUAUCAGAGAGGACUAUGUUUCAUCCCUAAAUGAAACUUUUUUGACUUAAUUCUGGUUUUCAGAGGAAAGUGCAUUGCGUGGAGAGAAAGAGUAAAAUAAUAGGCAAAUUGUGGCUGUAAGCAUAUAACCGUAUAAUUUUCAGCAAAAUUUAAUUUGUUUGCCAGGGGCAGUGGUGGCUGGUGGUUUUUCAAACAGACGAAACACAUUUUAUCAUUUUAUCACAGCUGACCUUGGCUAGUUCCCCUGGCCCCCACACUGGCUAGUCCCCCCCCCACCGCCCCAUGGCCUAGUUUGAAAUAAAUGAAUGAACUUUAGUAACCUGGUAACGAAACAAGGAGCAGACGUAAGAACGCUAUAUUUAUGUUUUUAUUUACAGUAGGAUAUGUACAAAUGAAAAUUGAAAAAAUGAAAACACAUGCCUGGGAUUGAACUUGAAACUCUCCGAUGCUGAAGUAUCAUUUCAAAACACUGUCAGUCAAAAUGAGGCGUAGCCACUUCGACAGUUCCUCCAGUCAUCAUGCAGAGCCCAGUGUCCUGGCCAGCCCACUGCCCCAUUUACUCCCAGGGCCGCUGAGCUUCCCUGGAAAUGACGCUUUCAAGCAUUUGCCCAAUAAACUUCUAGCUUUGCUGCCCUGAAAACAUAAGUGCCAUUGAAAUCCAGAUAAGCUGCACUUCAGUGGGUUUUACUGGAGUGCACUGCUACAGGAAUGUAAUGUAUUAGAAAAAAAAAUUAUGUUAGACAACUUGCAAAAAAUUAUUGCUGAUUCUGAAUGAACUAGCUAUGGAGCUGAAUACAUUCUAACACCGUCUUUGUAAUAGCAGUGUAAAUACAACAGAACAUAUUUGACAACAUUUUUCGUGAUGUUUUACCGGAGGCGGAGCUUCCUUUGUCUUAGCGCAUUCGCCACUAGCCGGGGGUAAGGGACAGCAUGGGAAUGAAUUAUGCUUUGACAUUGCUGCGAAGAUGCCGUGGUGCAUUUAGGAUUCUUAUAUAACUGUGCUUGUGGGGCAUUGAUUGAUUGUACAAUACAAUGAUACCAAUGGGCAUUUUACUAACAGAUGGGCACAGAACUCCUGUAAAGUGUGCAAUCUUUUGCUAUCAUUUAUAUAUUACGUAUUUGUUAGGAAAACUGGUUAUUUAUUUUCUUAUUUUUUUGCUUUAAUUUAAGUAAGCAUUUUUCUAUUUUUGGGAUAGAAAUGUACAAAGAAUGCCUUUUGCAAUGUGCUAAAUGCAAUUAUUUCAUUCCUUUGAAGUAGUUAUACUUUGAUCAGAACCAGUAUACAUGAACGGUGAAAAACUCAUAUGCUUAUGUGGGUAACACUUUACUUGAAGGGGCAUAAGUACUUAGUAAUACUCACUUACUACUGAAUUACAAAUCACGAACAAAUCCAGAACAAAUAUAGUCACUACUUGAGAUAAGAUGUGUCAUGAUUCAUCAAUGAUGAACAAACAUAGAUCAGAGAUCAGUAUUUCACUUAUAUUAUUUUUGACUUGUUCCUUCAGUAGUUCACAAAGGUGUACAGAAUUAACAGAUACAGUAACAAAUAUAGUAAGUGAUUGGGAUGAAAGAUGCAUUAUGAUUCGUUAAUGAUGAACAAAUGUGAGGUCAGUAUUUAACUUGUGUUAUUCAUGAGUUGUACCUUCAGUAGAUCCUUCAGUGCUACCUUCAUUAGUUCAGAAAGAUGUACAGAAUUAACAGAUAUAGUAACUGUUUGGGGUGAAACAUGCAUCAUGAUUCAUUAAUGAUAAAUUAACAUGAGAUAAGCAUGCAAGUAAGGCUUACUUUAUGGUUAUUUAAUCCAUAAGUAAUAGUAUAUUACUAUAUUUAUGCCCAGUGAAGUAAAGUGUUUAAUGUGUGACCAGUAGUGAGAAAUGUAAACCUAUAAUUAAAAAAAGAUUUUUAUUUAUUGUAUGUUAUAAAAAGGAUUAAUUGGUAUGACACAUGAAUGAGGUGUGAAUGCAGUAUUAUUCAACAAAUGUGUAAAAGAAAUCACUGUAUUGAAAAUGUAUUUCUGUGCAGGCGUGACUGGGAUACGUUGUUAGUAGAUGGAUGAAUGGAUGGAUGGAACUGUGGAAUUAUUGCAAAAUACUUUAGGCUAUUUAUAUGUCACUGAAAUUUUAUUUUUGUGUUUUUCUUCCCGGGUCUAGUUUAAAGUCAUGAUCUUUUUGGUUUCUAACGUUUAAAACGUAAUUUAUUAUGUUAAACGAUAGCAAUUUUAUAAACUUUAAUUGACUUGCAUAUUUUUUUUAAUAUUUAGGUUUCUUUCACAGAUUUUAACUUAAAUUUAGAGGUAUCACUGUGCUUUCUUGUUAAAUUGUAUGUAUGGUUUCAUGCUCGGCAGUGUUACAGUUAUUAACUUUUGUCUUGAAGUGUAUUUCCUGCUUUAGUGUUUCUCUCUACCUCCUUUUUACUCAGGCUUUCCUCAAGUGGUAUUAUAUGCAAUAGAUAUAGCGCAUCUAAUAUUUUCAUAGAGUGGGUUACACACAACGCUGCUAAACUGCUCAUGUUCUUGAUUGUUUGUAUCUGUCCUCAAUGUGUGGAUCUUAAUCAGAUGCUAUGCCACGUGUACAGUAUCUUGUGUACUCCAUGCUUUCUUCUGCCUUAAAGUGUCUCCUUCUGCAGUCAUGCUUCUCCUCUACUCCCGUACUUAAUGCUGUAAAUGUCUUUGUACUUUGACACCUCCUCCCAUGAUGCACCAACACAUGAUCCUUACAAAUUAUGACCCAGUUGUUAAAUUUGCUUAAAUACUGUUGUGUCAAAUGUAUGUGCUUGUUUGUGGAUGAUGGUUCAUCUCUGUUUAUGAAAACUAUAGCAUUUUCAAAUUCCCUGAGUAAAGUAUUGCUGAAAUGAUAAAAGGUAAAAAAAAUAUAAGUGGAGAUAUUUUUGUGCAGAUAAAUGUUAUUAUAUGUUGUAUAUACUGAAAUAAAUAUUCAAAAUUAUGUUCAUGAAAAUAACAUUGAUCAAGAGUACGUGUUACUUUUCCAUGAUUCAGUCUGCUAUACCAUGAAAUAAAACAGAAAUUCUUUAUAAA